CAGGGAAGACGAGAAAAGCUCCGUGUACACGCACUAUUGUCGCUCGUUUUUACACAAUUUUAGGCAGAAAAGUGCAGGGGCUGUUGAAUUGCGCCUAAUCUAAAGCAAGCACACCGGAGUCCGUUGGUCUGUUGUUAUCGAUAAAGAGGGCUUCACGCAUGUUCUCAGCUGUCGUCGUACGUGCGAACCAGCGGCGUACCCCACUCGACGGUCGGACUUUGGAUUGAGAUAAACCGAAUAAGCCGCUAGACCCGAACACGCGCGUGUAAUUACCGCAUUUGGAAGUCUCCCCCCGACCAUCCAGCAACGAGACGUGUGCGUUUAGUUCGAGUGCAAGUUGUGCAAGCUUUGCGCUCGUAACAAUGCCUAACCCAUACACCGCACGGUUCCAUUCGUCCGACAGCAGAGAAAGUCCGCGCCGUUUGCCCGCUUGGCUCGACUGUCACCGAAAGCCCGUUUCAAUGAUCUUACGGUUAUACGCCACGCUAAUUUUUUGCUGGGAUGUGCUGAUCAUCUUGGUGCAGUUCUUCUUCACGUUGCUGCAAUCGUUGUUCCAUGUAGUGAGGCCGGCUAAAGCGAAGUCGCUUACCGGCGAGGUAGCGGCUGUCGUCGGUAGCGGUCGGGGAGUGGGAUACGAUCUAGCCAUACAGCUGGCAGAGCUGGGCGUAAAGGUAGCCUGUAUCGACGUGAAAACAACGGACAACGAUCUGUUGGUGAAGAAAAUACAAUCUGCCGGCGGUGUUGCCUGUGCGUACGAGUGCGACGUUACGAAGCAGGCGGAGAUCAAUCGAACCGUGGCAGCGAUCGAGAGCAGCCUGGGCACCAUCAGCAUGCUGUUUCACAGCUGCAAUGUCCCGAGCGCCCGGAGUCUCGUUACCGAACCGCCACCGAUCGAAGUUACCUUGAAUGUCGGUGUAGUGUCCCAUUUCUUGCUCCUGGAAGCGAUACUUCCCAAAAUGAAGAAAGUAGCUCACGGACACAUCGUCUUCCUCACCUCCGUGGCCGGUGUAAGCGGGUUGAAGCAUCAAAUGCCGCUCGCCGUAUCACAGUUUGCCGUGCAAGGGUUGUACGAGUCGACGCUCGAGGAGCUACGCAUCGAAAAGUGCCAACACACCAUCCACACCACCCUCGUGCACAUCUACCCGUUCAUCAUCACUGACCACUGCCUGAACGACAUCCGGCUACGCAUCUCCUCCGCCUUCGGACGCAUCAAAUCCGACGAAGCAGCACGCCGCAUCAUAGCGGGCGUGCGGCGCAACGAGCUAGAAAUCAGCAUCCCCAAGUAUUUGCUCUUCCUAAGCCACCUGCUACGAUUGCUACCGCGACGCGCAUCGCUUCUACUGCGCGAGCUGAUCGAUACAGGGUUAGAUCUGUGAAAAGGGGAGGCGCCGACAAUCGUGCGAUGCGUUCGAGGAGUAGAGCCUUAGGUUAGAGUGUUGUUUUCUAUUACGUUUUUAUACUCGAGUUGUUUUUUCGAAAGAUACUCCUACGUGUACUCCUGAUAAGGUACUAGGCAAACGUUGUUGAAUAAUGCAAUGCACCAAAAUAUAAGAUAAUUGAACGUGAAAAAAUAA